UGAGAGCUGUAUUGUGCGUCUUUGCAGCUGGGAUCCUUUUCUCCCUCCCUUUUUGCCAUUCUUUUUUCUGCAUCUCUCUCUUCAACCCCCACACUUGUUCCCUCUGUAUCCCAGUGUAAACUUCUUACUCAGGAAGAUGAGAGUUUCAAGGGUUCAGAGAACAUCCCUGUUGGUAAUUGUGGGCAUUUUGCUGGCAAGCCUGGUAACUCUGAUUAGGUCUGAAAAAGAACACAAUAAGGAAUUGGAAAAAUUUGCAGCAGAAACUAGCGAACCUAUAAGGUUUCGGGCAAAAAGAGGAUCGCAGCAAGAGCCAAAAAAGGAUCAGGUGGCAUUAGGAUACCCAAGGCUCAUCCAUCCACCACCAAGUGGGACACCUUUGCUUAAUCAGAUUCUUAAUGAUACAGCCCUAACUUCUACAUGGCACCCACAAUUACAGAACCCACUCUAUCCUCUAGGUGAAAGCUCACUUAGUGCCUAUGGUGUGCUAUUACUAUCCUUGGUGGUUUUUGCUGUUGGCAUCAUUGGCAACCUAUCCGUAAUGUGCAUUGUUUGGCAUAGUUUAUAUUUGAAGAGUGCCUGGGACUCUAUAUUGGCUGGUCUUGCUCUCUGGGAUUUUAUGCUGCUCUUCUUCUGUUUGCCAGUGGUUGUCUUUCAAGAGAUUACUCGACGUAGACUUCUUGGUGUAGUGUCCUGUCGGGUUGUACCAUAUAUGGAGGUUACUUCUCUUGGGGUGUCAACAUUCUCUCUUUGUGCUUUGGGCAUUGAUCGUUUUCAGUCGAUCACCUCACCACAGAUGUCACCAAGACCAGUGGAACGAUGUCAGUCCAUUCUAGGCAAACUAGCUGUGAUCUGGUUGGGGUCAUUGAUACUCGCUCUUCCAGAGAUACUCCUGUGGCAAUUCACACAAGAGCAAUCCCCAGGGUCUGGCAUGGUUAUUGAUACAUGCGUUAUGCUUCCUGCCCCAAAUCUACCACCAGUUUUGCACUCUUUGGUUCUAACCUACCAACAUGCACGCAUGUGGUGGUUCCUGGGAUGCUACUUUUGUCUUCCACUUCUGUUUACCAUUACUUCUUUACUGGUGACACUUCGUAUUGUUGGAACAUCAAAGGACAUCAAGUAUGGACAGUGCCAAAGGCAGCUCAGCUGGAUAGUUGCAAGCCUGGCUACAGUAUAUGGUGUCUGUACACUUCCUGAAAAUGUCACUAAUGUUAUAAUCACUUAUACAAAUUUGGAUGUUCCAAAGGAUCUGCUGUCACUUAUCACUCAGUUCUUCUUGUUCUUGAAGUGUGCAGUGACACCAGUCCUACUCCUAUGUCUCUCCAAACAGCUAGGACAGGCCUUUCUGGAUUGCUGCUGCUGUUGCUGUGAAGAGGCAAUUAGGUCAGACUCAAAACAACAAACUGUAUCAGAGAGGAAAGAAACAGCAGAGGAGCCUCUGACUCUUCCAUACAAUACAAGGGAGUCAGAGCUUCAUCUGGGAACACCAUGUUAAGAGAAAGUAGGGAAUAAAAAUGUACAUGUAAACAGAGUAUAAAUGUAUAUGAUCUAGUGAAAGAAUAUGACAGAUGCAGGAUGCAGCAUUGAGAGAAAAGGAAAGGAAGCAUUGGCACAAGGAAGUGUGUGGUGCACUAUAAGUAGACAGUGUGCAUGAGACAGUUCUAAAAUUAAAUGUGUAGCUAUGGCAAUGGGAGCAGUAAAUAAAUGUGAGAUAAAUCAUUUAAGAGCAUAUGCAACAUAUUGCAUUGAAAUGUAAUGCUCAGGCUGGCAUAUUAGAAAUAAAAAGCUUAAAGGACAUUUUCUUAAAUAAGAUUUUAUUUUAGAUUUUAGCCUUUGACCAUAAACAAUAAUGUCUUUUCAUUUUGGUCAACUUUAUUUAUUGAAGUUGCUCAAAUUUUGAGCUUUGUAAACAAGUUACUAAUACGAAAGUACAUAAACUAAAUUUAGUGUAGGUAGUGUGUAGUGUGGGUAAUCAGUGAAACAUUCGACUAUUAUUGUUCUUUUUAUUUUUUAUAAUUCCAUGUCCAUUUUUGUCAAAUCAAAAAGGUGGUUAAGGUGAUUAUUAUUUUGUCAAGUCAAUAAAUUGCUGCACAAUACUGGGUUAUACAAUAAUUCUGACACUAACUCAAAAGUAUCAGCCAUCUGCAAUUAUGAAGAUCAAACUGGAUUCACCAAAUCUUUAUUUACUAUAUAGUAAGUAUUAUUAGAAUUAUAAUUGGUCCAUCUGGUUCCCUGGAGUGGAGCUAGUGGAAUUAAGUAAACAAUAUUGUAAAUAGAGCCUACAAUUAUAUGUGCCAUGGAUCCAUGAAACCAUUGGUGGGUUUAUCUAUAUUGUAGCAGUUUUGUAAAUACAUUUUAAUCUCUCUAAGAGUAAAUCCUGCAGUACAAUUUUUACCCCUGUACUUACCUGCCAGUGUGGUUAUGUGUUAGUUACCUGCAUCUUUAGUCUGAAAUGAAUUAAAAAAAUGUCCCCACAUCACCUCCAAAUGCUAUUUUGCAAAAUGCAAAUGAUAAACUCAAUUAUUAAUUCAAAUUUUUUUUUGGUGAUCUUUAGUUAAUUUUUAUCUUAUUAAUGUCAAGAUUUCUCAAAAAGAUAAUUUAAAACAUUACUUUGUGUCAUAGCUUAUUACAUUAUAUAAAUCAACCUCCACGGGUCUUUGUUAACAUAUUAUAUAUUUGUCUACAACAUGACUGUGCAGCUGGAGGUAAACUGAUAUUCAGUUGUGGGACAGACAAAGUAUACUGCAUUACGCCUUUGUUCUCCCUACUGACACUGAAUGUAGGUUAGCAAAAUGUUUACUGGAGGGCAAAGGUUAGUCGGGGGGUGGAUCAGUGGAAGAGGAGAGAAUAUAAAAAUCUAGAAAACAAUAUUUUUUUGCUCUACCCCAUCCCCCAGCCCUUGGACAGAGACCAGUAUGCAAAAUAUUCUCCAUUCAUUAAUUGUCGCUACAGUGUAAAAUAAUUGUUAGAUAUGUUUGAGUUUAAAUCAAAGAUGCUUGCGCUGAAGCUCUCCUGGCACCGCCAUUUAGGCAAUUUCUUCCUUCAUGGAUGGUCAACUUAAUGAACUGCUCAGGAAACCCCUCUUCUCUAACUAUUGCCUUGCUACAAAAAUGCUUUUCUUGGAAAAAGCCAACAAAUUACAAACUAUUGGAGUAAUGAAGAAACAGGUGCAAAUUUUUUUCCAAAUUUUUUUCCAGGGGGUCUAGUCACCCAAACCAGCCGGCUGAUUGGUUGCUGUGGGUCACUAAAACUAGAAAAAUAAUACAUUCUGGGGCGGGAAGACACUUAAAAGUAUUUUUCCAUUACAGCAUUAUCUGAAUAUUUAUAUGUGGCAUUUUGUAAUUGUUUAAUAAAAUAAAUAAGAAAAAAAACAA